UACAUGUAUAUGAUUUAUUAUCCAAUGGAAAUUGACGUAACAAACAUGCAGUGUAACUCAAUUUAUUUUACGCAUGUGAUCUUAUUUAUAUGGAAUGAUGUUUACAAAAUUAGGAUGUAGAUAUGUAAAUAUAAUUAAUUUGAAAAUUCCUGAUAAGUUUCAUUAAUGCACUUGGGUAGGACGUAAAAAGUUUUAAGAACUUUCAUCUAAAGUUGAACGAAUAAAAAUGAUUUAACCAUUUAAGCGAGUCUGUUUAAAAGUAUAAUUUUUUUAAGUACGCUGUCCUGUUUUAGUUUAUCAAUAUCAUAGCUGUUGUAAAUCCUGUGUAAAUGCUCAUAAUAUGUGUCCCAUGGUUGAACUGUUAUGCAUCAUAAAUAAGGGUGAGAUGAUCAGACUUUCAUCUUUUACAUAAUAAUUGAUAUUACACGAUGUUAAUGAUUAUUUGGAUUGUCUUAUGCUUGUUGGUCGCUAAGAUAUUGGCAAGUGGUCGGUUGUUUAUACGGUCUUUAAAGAAUCUUAUUCGGCAAAGGCAAACACACUCGCGCGCACACACAUAUAUUUAUAUUUAUCUUUUCAUAUCUAAUGCAUUAGGUAUCGAAUUUUUACUGUUUUAUUAAUCAUUUUCUAGGUUUUGAGAAAAGUCAAAAUGUGUUAUACAUGUAUUACAAUCGCUUAAGGCGACUUAUUGAAUAUAAAUGACCUUAAACAAAUGCUGAUCUUUGUACGCUUGUACACGUGAUUACAUUAUUGAAACAUUAUUACCACUAAUUUAUACAAAUUAUACAUUAACACAGCUGAAUGUCCAUAUAAUCCAUGUAAGAAUGGGGGUCAAUGUUCUAUUGUAAACAGCGACGAUAUUUCGGAACACCCAGACUUUUCGUGUCAGUGUACAGAAAGUUCUUCUGGAGAUCUUUGCGAGGACUGCUCACAAAAUGUCGCCCUCAAGAAAGAUACACUAGCGUCAAGUAUAAUGUAUCCAACUUGGCCGUCCAGCAAUGCCGUAGAUGAUGACAUCGGUCAAUAUGUAGGUAACGGAGCAACUUGUGUGGCAACAAAGCAGGAUUUAAACCCAUACAUUAUCAUUGAUCUUGCAGCAGAGUAUAUUCUAUCAUCCGUCAAAUUUUACAAACAAUUAGAUUUCUAUGACAAUGAUGAAAAUGAGUUUGAUAUUCAGCUUCUACUGAUGGGGAAAACAUGGACCAGUUAUGGGACGUUUGACGAGGCUGCAAAGCUGCUGAAACCUUAUGUUAGAACAAGAUUAGUUCGACUACAGGUAGCAGAAAACGUACCAUUUGCCCUUCGUAUAUGUGAGAUUAAGGUGUUUGCAGUAUGUCAGGAAGAACAAGUCAUACACGACCAAUCGAAGCCAUACAUGCAGAUGAGGUUUUCCUUGGUGAACAAGUACAAUGAAGUCGUGAAAGAAGAGGCGGCAUUUAUAUAUUCAAUAAAGCAAGAAUUGGCCAUUGCAACAAACUAUUCAGAAGCAAACUUUCAAAACAUGAAGGUGCAAAAAGAUCCAUUACAAGUAGAGUUCGAGCUUCAUUCGACAGAUUUAAAGAAACUAAGUGAAAAGGUGGAGACUUUAGACAUCUUAUGUAGUCAUGGCAUGGACAUGAUGACUAAAGAUGGCAAUAACCUGACAAUAAAAGCAGGUAGCUUGCAGUAUCAUGUGAUGUACACAGGACAUGCAGGUGAUUAG